AUGGGAGAUAGCGAAUUAGGAGGGCAGGGGGGGGGGGCCGGACGCCCUUGGCGGUGUGUAGGCGGGCGAGCGGCAGGUGAGGGGGGCGUGUCAGGCGAGGCGGGGGGGGGCAAGGUCGCGUGGGGGGGGGGGGGGGGGGGUAGUUGCGGUUCGGGAGUCGAGCUGGCGGGGGGGGGUGUCUGUUUGCUCAGAGAUGGCAGAUGGUGUCGGAUCAGGGGGGUACGAUACAUUCAGGUGGAGCGGGGGACAUCGAUCAGGGGGUGGGCAAACAGUCGAGGUGGUUGCACUUCUGGAUAG